CAGUAUCUGCUACACAAAAAUAGAGAAGUGCCCUAAUGCACUAGGGCACAGCAGAGCAGCGUCAGCGCGAGCGCACAUCACUUCCUGUGCAAGCUGGGCGCUUUCAACUCCGACAGGACAACCGUCGGAGUCGACGAAGUCUUAAAUAAACAGGACUAACGAAAUAUCUGAGGGAAUAGUCUACCAAACUGUCCGAGAUUCUUAAGACACUGACUCCUGUCAUUGGACCAGCUGGCGUUGGACGGGGUGUCAGACCCUCCCCCUGAACGAGGACAGAAUGAGACAAUAGCUGGGGGUGUUGGAUAUUAUCCCUCCCCCCUCCUCUUUGUUUUCCCCUCCUACAUAUCCAAGAAGCAUAUCCAUACACACUAUCUCACACCAACACACUACAAAACAAUACCAUAGACUUCUGUUGCUACCACUCUUUACUUUGUAGUGGCCAUGAGACUUUUAGAGGACUUUUGCUGUUGAGAACCUUCUGGGAAUAAAACCGGUUUCCUUUCAGCCAGUGGACACAUCGUUCCAGAUCCUACGGCUUUGGUGAAGCUUGAUGGAAGCUCAGUAGAUCAUUGAAUCAUGAAAACACCAGAGGACCACUGGGAGUUUCCGUUUGGAGUUGUAUAUUAAUAGGCUGAAAGACUGCCAUUGAGCAAAGCAAAUCUAAUUCAACCUGAAGCAGUCCUGAACGUCUGUUAGAAUAAAUGAUACCUCUCCUUAGCCUUUUCAUCCAUCAUAUCUGAAGUGCCUUGUGUUUCAUCAAACGGUUUACAUCUACUACACAUAUCUGAUCCAUCGGCCAAUCCUUGAAACAACUGAUUUGUUUACAUAUCCGGCCUUCCAUAUCAGUUUAAUUUGUUUCUUCUCUUAGCAUGCAAGUAAAACUUUGAAGUAUCUGAGAUACGAGGAAUGAGUCCAGUUGCUUAAACUUAUCCAACCUAAACACACCAAGACCAUUCAUCUGGCUCUCAAACGUGGUACACAGCUCCGUCACAAUGUACACGCUGCAGUCCAAAUGGCGCUACAUAAUCAUGUUCUUGGGCGUCCAGUUAGUGGUCAUGGCUCUUCUCUCUAGAGAGGGCUACCAGAAAAGAGUGUCAUAUUUUUUCCGGAUUUUCCGUAAGACAGAUUCUACAUCGGGACACACAAUCGGUGGACACAACCAUACGGAUGUUUAUGCUAACCUCUCCCUUUUGGGCCCUGCUCUUAAUAAAGAGGACAUGCCCUACUGCCCCAAGCAGUCUCCUUUGAUUGGUGGACCAAUUCAUGUCACUUUCCCCUCUGGGCUUACGCUUGCUGAGGUGGAGCGGAAGAAUCCACUUGUUGUCCGUGGGGGUCGCUACAGGCCGCCAAACUGUGAGGCUCGCCAUCGGACUGCAAUUAUCAUUCCCCACAGAAAUCGAGAACACCACCUCAAGUUCCUCCUCUACUAUCUGCAUCCCUUCCUACAGCGUCAGCAGCUCAACUAUGGCAUCUAUAUCAUUCACCAGGCUGGUAAUUACACCUUCAACCGAGCAAAGCUGAUGAACGUGGGAUUUCGUGAAGCCAUGAGGGACGAGGACUGGGACUGCCUCUUCUUUCAUGACGUGGACCUCAUUCCAGAGGACGACCGCAACACCUAUGUCUGUGACACUCAUCCCAAGCACGCUGCCAUUGCCAUGGACAAAUUUGGCUACAAGUUGCCUUAUAAAAUGUAUUUUGGAGGAGUGUCGGCUCUGACCCCUGUUCAGUACCUCAAGAUGAACGGUUUCCCAAACAAUUACUGGGGCUGGGGUGGUGAGGACGAUGACAUUGGUGUCCGGGUCUCACUCGGAGGAAUGCUGAUCAGUCGUCCGUCUCUAAAAGUGGGCCGAUAUAAGAUGAUCAAACACAAGCAUGACAAAGGCAAUGAAGUGAAUCCCAAAAGGUUUAACAUGUUGGCAAAGACUCGGCAUACAUGGAAAGAAGACGGCAUGAAUACAGUGGAGUAUGAGAUCAUGUCCCGGGAUUACCAGCCACUUUACACCAACAUCACUGUCAACAUUGGCACCGAGGCAGGCCUGCACCCAACCAAAAAAAAGCCUGCUUCAUAGCUGACUCCUAGCAUUCUUGUGAAUCCCAGAGGCACAAGUCUUAACGUCAAUGCCGCACUGCCUGCAGACCACUUCACCCACAUGCACAUGGCCAGUGAAUUCAAGGGACAUCAUGCCUUUACUGCACCACACACCUUCGGUUUCCUCUGUAACAGUGGUGCCAUCUAGUGGUCCCAUGAUUCUCCGUCCUUUCUCCCUCGCUUUUUGUCCAAAGUUAGACAUUUUGAUCCUGUGCUCACUGGUUCACUUUAUCAGUCAUGAUGCUGCAGAAACUUCAUCAGCUGGUCCACACACUGACCGCUUUGCAGACUCUCUGAUGGGCCACUCUGCUGGAAGGAUGUGCUUCCUGACAGACCGACUCUUCGUCUAUCCAUUUAAAAACCUGUGUUGCCUUAGAAUCAAGCUGCACUCUCUCCUUACAUUUCUUUCAUGAUGACUGAAGCAUAGCUUCGGCCGCCAGUGUUUGACGUGUUGCACUGGGUGAGGCCGAGUCUUAGGGAGGGGUAAAAUUCGUUUUCUGCCACGUGAUGGAAACAGUGAAGCAGGCCGAUGUUCUACAUAAGCAACAUUGGUUGCUGCACUACUCUGUGAGUCUGGUGCAUUUCCUGUUCGGUAAAUUAGUACUUUUGAUGUACUGUGUGUACUGUAUUGUUAUACAGGUAGGUGGAUUAAUAUUUUAUAUAUCUUCCAUUUUCGAGGAUUUCAGUCAGAACCGACCACUUUGGUAGUAAUAACCACUUUACAUAUACAGAUGUUCUCAUUUUUUCAGAUGUUUAUUAUUAUUUUUUUCUUUAUAUUCCCGAAUUGUCGUUGGUUGUCUUAGUAUUAAGGAUGGCUUUUAUAAUCAACAUGCUGCCUCUCAUUUUCAUGAAUUACUCAACACAUUGUAUUUUAUCUGCAUGAUUUUUCUUUUUGUUUAUUUUUUUUUUUUUGAUUGGCUGGUUAUGUGUGGUUUGCUUUGGAUUAGCAAUAGUUUUGUUGAAUGUAGCUACAUCUCAUUUUGGUGAGAGAAUGUCACGUUAGUGAACAGCGCGUCCAAUUAGUUGGCUUCAUGAGAAGUCUUUGUCCCAUAUUCCCAUUUUGAGUCCAACAUUUGUUUAUUCAAAAAGAUUGCCUAAAAAUACAUUAACCUUGUUAACGGAAACCUUUUUAAAAGACCUUCAGCCUCAUAAAAACACAAGCGUAAAUUGUUCGUAAAACCAUUUUUAAGUAAAUUGUCCCAUUGAAUAAAAUGGUCUAAAAACAUCUGUAAAAUAAUUUUUACAUACUUUGUUGCAUUGAUUCAACUAUUCUAACAUUCGUAAAACCAUUGUUACAUAUUUGCUUUGAAUCGAAUGCGCUAACAUUUGUAAAACCAUUCUUAUGUAAAUCGUUGCAUGAAGUUAAAUUAAAUGCUAACAUUCGUAAAACCCUUUUAGAUAAAGUUGUUGCAGUGGAUUGCGUUAAAGUUCGUAAAACUACGAUCUUUUAUCUUAUCAAUUUAUCUUUUAGAUAAAUUGUUAAAUUUGAAUUGAAUGCUCUAGUAUUUGUAAAUUUGUUCUUGUUUAAACUGGAAGUAAGGAAUCAAAUGCUCUAUCAAUCGUGAACCAUUCUCGUGUGAAGUGCUGCAUUAAAUUAAAUGCGCUAAAUCUCACAAACCAUUAUUGCAUUGAAUGUGCUAACAUCCAUAAACAUUAUUAUGUAAGUUGUUGCUUUCAGUUGAAUGUGCUAAAAUUUGUAAAAACAUUCUUGCAUAUAUUCCUGUAAUGAAUCGAAAUCAUUCUAAAUAUGAAUUGCUGCAUUAAAUUAAUGCGCUAAGGUUCAUAAACCAUUCGUAAGAAAAUUCUUGCAUUCAGUCAAAUGCGUUAAUAUUUGUAAAAUCAUUCUUGCAGAACUGUGUGUGCUAAUAAUCAUAAAAACAAGUUCCAUUCAAUGCAACCAUUUACUUUGGAAUGAUUACGAAAAAUUUACACAUUGGUCAUUUUCUUGCUGUUCAUGAAUGAGACCCAUUAUUGGUAAAGUCAGAUAUUUUUUUUUUGAUUCUCAAACAUUUGGACUUACACCUGAUUGACACAGAUGACAAAAGAAAAUGUUUGAAGAAAUAGUUUUUGUAUGUUUCAGACUUUUCAUAUUUUAAAAAUGCAAAACUCCUCAUGAAUUUGGAAAAAGUUAUCAGUGCUGAAAUGUAAACUGAAUCAUGGCCUCAUCUGGGUAAUGUUAACCUUGUGUUUGCCAUGCCAUGCUCCUGUUUAACCUCUAAUCGUCUUCUACACACUUCAGUCCCUUGGUGAAACAAACUCUCUGACAGUCCAGUCACCAGAUACAUGAAUGCUUCAGACGGAUCUGUGCAUGUGUGGAUACACAUUUGUGAUACUAAGAGAAACCGAUCAUACAUUGUUUUUCGAAUGCUGCUGUUCUCUGUGUGAAUGUGAAAGGUGGAGGUGUCGCUCCCCUCUUUACUAGUUUGUAUGCUGUUGGGAGCUUGUGAUGGAUCAUUUAGAAAAUGGUUUUGGGUCAUUGAAGGAAGUCAUCGGAUGUCAUUGAGGCAGAGAUACCAAAAACUUCAUGAUUUCUUUUUUUAUAACUAGCAUGUUUUUUUUUCUUAACAGUAGUUGUCUUUUUUUUUCUGAAUUAUGAAAGUUUAAUGUGGUUGUUAAUGGUCAGGUUAAUUAAAUCUGUCCAUUACACAAGUCUGUUGGCACACAUUGAGUGUAAUGACUAAACACUUUUGAUUUGAGUUAUUUUGUUAUGUAAAGGGUGAUUCAAGAUCUUUAUUCUUCACUUUGAGAAUUUAUAUUUGAUAACUAUUCACAUCACCAUCGUAGAAGGUCCUUGGAAAACUGUUCAGCCAUGAAUGAAAUAGUUUGAUAUGUACAGAUGACAGCCUGCACACUACUCAGGUGGGGUGAUGGAUCCGAUCUUUCUAAAUGUGCCUUAUCAGGCGUAUCUGGAGUUCUUCAGUGGGCUGUGCUCUGAACACAGGGCAUUUGUUUCUCUUUAAGAACAGUCUGCACAAUACUCAGCGGCCUUAUGAUGAUUUAAUAAAGAAAUGUUAAUGUA